CUCACCUUCCCACAGCAGUUGCACCGACCAACAUGAACCCAGCUCGGAGCACCCCGUCUCCGCAUCCCUCCGUCCCCUCUCCGCCUCACCCUCAGAUCAGCCACUGGAUCACCUCCCUGGCCAUCUUCAUCCUGCUGCACAUCGGUUGUCUCCGCGGCGAUCUGUCGGUGACCCAGGAGCCCCGCCUGUGUGCGGCCUUAAAGGGGCAGUCCGCCUUGUUGGGAUGUGGUUACACGGCCGACGGGGAUGAGAAGGUUUUGCGGAGCGUGUUCUACUGGGCGCUGAGGGACCCCGGGCAGGACCCGACCGUGAUCCACCCAGACCCACCCCCCCGUUACCGGGAACGGCUGGGGUUCGUCAGAGCCAGUGGGGGCGGGGGUUCCAGCCUCAGGGUUGGCCCCCUCCAUCUGAAUGACACCGCGACCUAUUACUGUUACAUCUCCUUCCUGGUCGGGGAGCAGAGUAUCACCCAGUCGGGACCCGGGAGCCAACUCUUCGUCUACGAGCCCCUGGUGCUGACAGCCCAGAGGGACUGCAUGUGCAACAUCCAGUGUGAAACGCGGGUGGGAAACCGGAGCGCGGUGCGGAUCGCCUGGUUCCGGGGUGGGGUUCCGGUCCAGGAGGAAGAGACGGCGAGGACUUCGCUGGACCCAGGAGAGGGAGAUGCCCAUCGAGUGGUGAGCAGGCUCACUCUGUUCCCACUUGACUCGGGGUCACGGGUCAACUACACGUGUGUUUUACAACACAGCGAGGCUGGCAUCAUCGACUGGCAGGAGCACAUCUUUCACACGGCUGUCCCCCAACACCCGGUCAUCCUCUACGUGCUGUUACUGACAAGCUCCAUCUGCAUUCUCAUUCUGGUUGUAAUCUUUGGACUGGCCAAGCCCUCUCGCUGUAGAUGCCGCUAACAUCGCUCGUGGCUUUCUGUUUCUGCGUCGCUGUUUUCCUUUCCCCGCUAUCCAUGGCCCGUACAAAUCCACAGUCUGACCAAAUAUAGCUGCACCUUCAAUCCACACCUUCCUCCGUCAGACAGGACACCCCAUCAGUCUCGAUCCACUGACGAUGCCUGGUCCUUCCAAGUUCUGUCUUUGAUGUGAUUUGAAUUGUUGUUGGCACUCGUCUCGAGUUACAGUGAGAAUUAUUGUUCUUUGCGCUCAGCAGACAAGUGAUACGUUACCAGUGAUCAGGGUUAUAGAGCAGAAUGCAGCGUUACAGCUGCAGAGCAAGUUCAGAGAAAGAUCAAUCUCGCACAUGAGAGGCCUGUUUGUAAGUUUGUUAAGAGCGAGGAAGAAGCUGUUCUUCAAUCUGAUAGUACGUGUCUUCAAAGGUUUGUUCUGUCUGAUGGAAGAGAGUGGGAGGGGUCUUUGAUGAUGUCGGCUGAUUCCCCAAAGCAGCAGGAAGUACAAUGGAGUCAAUGGAUGGGAGGCUGGUUUGUGUGAUGGACUGAGCUGUGACUCUCUCAC